CUGUCCAGGUUUCGCCGCCAUUGUAAUUUCCUAAAUUCAUUCCAUCCGUCUGUUUGUACACAGUAGCAGGUUGUAUAUUUAUCCUACAACUAGUACAGUUGUCCUUUUCUCAGCACAUCACCUCAGGCGCCACCGCAGUACGCCCUCCUACCUCGGAUUCGAGAGAGAGAGGAAGCUGUAGUUGAGUCGGGUCGCUAAACCAGUGCACUGCAGAGCAGCAAUAAGAAGAGCAAAGAGGAACCAUCAUGGCUCAAAUUCUGCCCAUUAAAUUUCAGGAGCACCAGCAGCUCCAAAACCUCGGGAUAAACCCGGCCAACAUUGGGUUCAGCACUUUGACAAUGGAAUCGGAUAAGUUCAUCUGCAUCCGGGAAAAGGUUGGAGAGCAGGCGCAAGUGGUGAUCAUUGACAUGGCAGACCCAAACAAUCCCAUCCGCCGGCCCAUAUCUGCAGACAGUGCCAUUAUGAACCCCGCCAGCAAAGUAAUUGCCCUAAAAGCUGCCAAAACGCUCCAGAUCUUUAACAUUGAAAUGAAGAGUAAGAUGAAGGCCCACACGAUGACUGAUGAUGUCACUUUUUGGAAGUGGAUCUCCCUCAACACAGUUGCUCUGGUGACUGAUAAUGCCGUCUAUCACUGGAGCAUGGAGGGCGACUCGCAGCCAAUGAAAGUCUUUGAUCGCCAUUCCAGCCUGGCAGGAUGUCAAAUUAUUAACUAUCGUACAGAUGCCAAGCAAAAAUGGCUCCUCCUUAUCGGCAUCUCAGCUCAGCAAAACAGAGUUGUAGGAGCAAUGCAGCUGUACUCAGUGGACAGGAAGGUCUCUCAGCCCAUUGAGGGCCAUGCUGCCAGCUUUGCUCAAUUCAAAAUGGAAGGAAAUGCUGAAGAAUCGACUCUGUUCUGUUUUGCUGUUCGGGGCCAAGCAGGUGGAAAGCUUCAUAUAAUUGAAGUUGGGACUCCUCCAAAUGGUAAUCAGCCCUUUUCAAAGAAAGCUGUGGAUGUAUUCUUUCCUCCCGAGGCACAGAAUGACUUCCCAGUGGCCAUGCAGAUCAGCUCCAAACAGGACGUUGUUUUCCUUGUGACCAAAUUUGGCUACAUUCACCUUUAUGACCUGGAGACAGGCACCUGUAUUUACAUGAACAGAAUUAGCGGGGAGACCAUUUUUGUCACAGCAUCUCAUGAGGCUACUUCUGGAAUCAUUGGUGUCAACAGGAAAGGACAGGUUUUGUCAGUUUGUGUGGAGGAGGAAAACAUCAUUCCCUACAUCACCAAUGUGCUGCAGAAUCCUGAUCUGGCCCUUCGUAUGGCUGUGAGGAAUAACCUGGCUGGAGCUGAGGAGCUUUUCGCACGCAAGUUUAACAACCUGUUUUCUGCAGGGAACUACUCAGAGGCAGCAAAAGUGGCUGCCAAUGCUCCAAAAGGCAUUCUGCGCACUCCGGACACCAUCAGGCGCUUUCAAAGUGUUCCAGCUCAGCCAGGUCAGACCUCUCCUCUCCUGCAGUACUUUGGCAUCUUGUUGGAUCAGGGCCAGCUUAACAAGUUUGAGUCACUGGAGCUGUGCAGGCCUGUCCUGCAGCAGGGCCGCAAACAACUGCUAGAGAAAUGGCUUAAAGAGGACAAGUUGGAGUGCUCUGAGGAGCUUGGCGAUAUUGUAAAAGCUGUAGAUCCCACGCUGGCGCUUAGCGUCUAUCUGAGGGCAAACAUCCCCAACAAAGUUAUUCAGUGCUUUGCUGAAACUGGCCAGUUUCCUAAAAUUGUUCUUUAUGCCAAAAAGGUGGGUUAUACUCCAGACUGGAUAUUCCUGUUGAGAAAUGUAAUGCGCGUUAGUCCAGAUCAGGGUCUUCAGUUUGCACAGAUGCUAGUGCAGGAUGAGGAGCCACUGGCUGAAAUUACACAGAUUGUAGAUGUAUUCAUGGAGUACAACCUGAUUCAGCAGUGUACCUCAUUUCUUUUGGAUGCUCUGAAAAACAACCGUCCAUCAGAAGGACCUCUGCAGACACGUCUGCUUGAGAUGAACCUCAUGCAUGCACCUCAGGUUGCUGAUGCCAUCCUGGGAAAUCAGAUGUUCACAAAUUACGACCGUGCUCACAUUGCUCAGCUUUGUGAGAAAGCAGGUCUUCUGCAAAGAGCACUGGAGCACUACACUGAUCUGUAUGACAUUAAACGGGCUGUCGUACACACACACCUACUCAACCCAGAGUGGCUAGUGAACUACUUUGGCUCCUUGUCAGUGGAAGAUUCUCUGGAGUGUCUAAGAGCCAUGCUUUCAGCCAACCUCAGACAGAAUUUGCAGAUCUGUGUGCAGGUGGCUUCCAAAUAUCAUGAGCAGCUUUCCACCCAGUCCCUCACUGAGCUUUUCGAGUCGUUUAAGAGUUUUGAAGGUCUGUUUUACUUUCUUGGCUCCAUUGUGAACUUCAGCCAGGACUCAGAGGUACAUUUCAAAUACAUUCAAGCUGCCUGCAAAACCGGCCAGAUCAAAGAGGUGGAACGCAUAUGCAGAGAGAGCAACUGUUAUGACCCUGAUUGUGUAAAAAACUUUCUUAAGGAAGCUAAACUCACUGACCAGCUACCACUCAUCAUUGUGUGUGACCGCUUUGACUUCGUCCAUGACCUGGUGCUCUACCUGUACCGUAACAGCCUCCAGAAGUACAUUGAGAUCUAUGUACAGAAAGUAAACCCCAGUCGCUUGCCAGUUGUAAUUGGCGGUCUGCUGGAUGUUGAUUGCUCUGAGGAUGUGAUUAAGAACCUGAUCCUGGUGGUGAGAGGUCAGUUCUCCACUGAUGAGCUGGUAGCUGAGGUGGAGAAGCGAAACAGACUGAAGUUGCUGCUACCUUGGCUGGAAGCUCGCAUUCACGAGGGUUGCGAGGAGCCCGCUACCCAUAAUGCCCUUGCCAAAAUCUACAUUGACAGCAACAACAACCCAGAACGCUUUCUGCGGGAGAACCCUUAUUAUGACAGUUGUGUGGUUGGGAAGUACUGUGAGAAGAGAGAUCCCCAUCUCGCUUGUGUGGCCUAUGAGAGAGGCCACUGUGACCAGGAGCUCAUCCAUGUGUGCAAUGAAAACUCCUUGUUUAAAAGUCUGUCCCGUUAUCUGGUACGUCGCCGGGAUGCAGAUCUAUGGGCCAGUGUCCUUCUAGAGACUAACCCAUACCGAAGACCUCUUAUUGAUCAGGUGGUGCAGACUGCUCUGUCAGAGACUCAGGAUCCAGAAGAAGUUUCUGUCACUGUUAAGGCUUUUAUGACGGCUGAUCUGCCAAAUGAACUCAUUGAGCUUUUGGAGAAGAUCGUCUUGGACAAUUCUGUUUUCAGUGAACACAGGAAUCUGCAGAACUUGCUGAUUUUGACUGCCAUUAAAGCAGAUCGGUCACGUGUCAUGGAGUACAUUAAUCGUUUGGACAACUAUGACGCACCUGACAUUGCCAACAUUGCCAUCAGCAGUGAGCUUUUUGAAGAGGCAUUUGCCAUCUUUAAGAAAUUUGAUGUCAACACUUCAGCAGUGCAGGUUCUAAUCGAGCACGUUGGAAAUCUGGACCGGGCGUAUGAGUUUGCUGAGCGCUGUAAUGAGCCACCUGUGUGGAGCCAGCUAGCUAAAGCUCAGCUCCAGAAAGGCUUAGUUAAAGAGGCCAUUGACUCCUAUAUCAAGGCUGAUGACCCCUCUGCUUACAUGGAGGUAGUGCAAGCAGCAGACCAGAGUGGUAACUGGGAAGACUUGGUGAAGUUCCUGCAGAUGGCACGUAAAAAGGCCAGGGAGUCAUACGUAGAAACUGAGUUGAUCUUUGCUCUGGCUAAAACCAAUCGACUGGCUGAGAUGGAAGAGUUUAUUAACGGCCCCAACAAUGCCCACAUCCAGCAGGUUGGUGAUCGUUGCUAUGAUGAAAAGAUGUACGAGGCUGCCAAAUUACUCUACAACAAUGUGUCUAACUUUGGACGCUUGGCUUCCACCCUGGUUUAUCUUGGAGAAUACCAGGCUGCAGUGGAUGGCGCUCGCAAAGCUAAUAGCACACGCACAUGGAAGGAGGUGUGUUUUGCCUGUGUUGAUGGCAAUGAGUUCAGACUGGCUCAGAUGUGUGGCCUUCACAUUGUGGUCCAUGCUGAUGAACUGGAAGAGCUGAUUAACUACUACCAGGACCGUGGCUACUUUGAGGAGCUGAUCACGCUGUUGGAGGCUGCUCUUGGACUAGAGCGUGCCCACAUGGGCAUGUUUACUGAGCUGGCCAUCCUUUACUCCAAAUUCAAACCACAGAAGAUGAGGGAGCACUUGGAGCUUUUUUGGUCAAGGGUUAACAUUCCAAAGGUACUGCGGGCAGCAGAGCAGGCCCACCUGUGGGCAGAACUGGUCUUUUUGUAUGAUAAAUACGAGGAGUUUGAUAAUGCUAUCAUUACCAUGAUGAACCACCCUACAGAUGCCUGGAAGGAAAGCCAGUUUAAAGACAUCAUCACCAAGGUGGCCAAUGUGGAGCUUUAUUACAAAGCAAUCCAGUUUUACUUGGAGUUUAAACCCAUGUUACUGAAUGACCUUCUCAUAGUGCUUUCGCCAAGACUGGAUCAUUCACGCGCUGUCAACUUUUUCACCAAGGUUAAGCAACUUCCACUUGUAAAACCGUACUUGCGAUCAGUACAGAACAACAACAACAAGUCUGUCAAUGAAGCACUUAACAACCUCUUCAUCACAGAGGAAGACUACCUGGCACUUAGGACAUCUAUAGAUGCUUAUGAUAACUUUGACAACAUUACAUUGGCCCAGCGCAUGGAGAAGCAUGAACUCAUUGAAUUUAGAAGAAUUGCUGCUUAUCUCUUCAAAGGCAAUAACCGUUGGAAACAAAGUGUGGAGCUCUGCAAAAAAGACAAACUUUAUAAGGAUGCCAUGCUUUAUGCAUCAGAGUCAAAGGAUAUGGAGCUGGCUGAGGAACUAUUGCAGUGGUUUCUUCAGGAGGAGAAAAAGGAGUGCUUUGCUUCCUGCCUCUUUACUUGCUAUGACCUUCUCAGACCUGACGUGGUUUUGGAAACCGCCUGGAAGUACAACAUUAUGGACUUCUCCAUGCCAUACUUCAUACAGGUUAUGAGGGAGUACCUUAGCAAGGUGGACAAGCUGGAGACCUCAGAAUCUUUAAGAAAAGAGGAGGAGCAGGCAACAGAAGCACAACCUAUUGUGUAUGGUACCCCCCAGCUCAUGCUGACCGCAGGCCCAAGUGUACCUGUUCCCCCACAACAGGCUUAUGGCUAUAAUUACUCCGCAGCACCUGGUUAUCCACAGGCUCCUCAGGUGCAACCAGGAUUUGGCUAUGGGAUGUGAAUUCCCCUCCUUCCCUUUGUUAAAAAAAACAACAUUAUUGCUUGCUCUGUUCCUGCCUUUUAUAUAUACAUACAUGCCUACUUUAUUCUUUCUCUCUACACUAAAAUGAAGGACUUAUUUCUGGGUAAAAAAAAAAAUCAUCAUAGAAAUUUUGUACACCUCUUAAGUUUUUCACCAUUUUAUCUUAAAAUGGAAUCGAUCAUAUUAUGACUUAGAAUAACUCUUAAUGUUUUUUGUUGGAUCUGACUUGCAAUCAGAGGCUAAAAGUAAUGUAGAAUAAUAUCUGUGUUUUUGUGUUAGCAGGUUCGUCAGGCGAUAUGUAAAAUACUGUUAUAUAAAUUCAUAUAUAUAGAAGUAAAAAAAAAAAUCCAAUUGUAUUGGUAGUAUCAACAGUGGCGUUUAUGCUAAUCUUCAAAUAAAAAAAUAUUUUAAAUACAUCUAAAAUACCACUGUAAACAGUCUUUAUCCUGGUCUGUGCAAAUUAAAAAUGUCGUGUUCCUACUAUGUAUAUUGUCUGGGAUUUUUCCUAGUCUGUUGAGUGUAAUGUUAAGUGGGACCAGUCAUUAAAACAAUACUAUUCCUUA